AUGAAUGAUCUUAAAGAAAUAGCAGAACUUCUUAUUUUACAUGGUGCAAAUAUCAAUGAAAAAGAUAUAUAUAAAAUAACCGCUCUUCAUAUGGCACUAUAUAGAUUUAACAAAAAAAUGAUAAAAUUUCUUAUUUUACAUGGUGCAAAUAUCAAUGAAAAAGAUAAAAAUGGAGAAGCUGCUCUUCAAAUUGCAAAACGAUAUCAUGACAAAGAAAUAAUAAAAUUUCUUAUUUCACAUGGUGCAAAAUAG